CCACUGAGCAUUCUCAAACGAUCAAAGCCACACAUAAAUCCCUUUCUCGAUAGCCUCACCGUUGUGGGCAGCUUUUGCUUUCUCAUGGCCGCAAAUCAGCUACCAGAACCAUCAUGGGAGGAGCUGCUAGGCAGCAAAAACUGGGACUCGCUUCUCAAUCCUCUCGACCUCUCACUUCGCAAGCUCGUCCUCCGCUGCGGUGACUUCUGCCAGGCGACGUACGACGCCUUCAACAAUGACCAAAACUCGAAGUUCUGCGGCGCAAGCCGCUACGGCAGGUCCUCUUUCUUCGACAAAGUUAUGCUGGACACCGCCUCCGAUUACAGGGUCGAGUCGUUCCUCUACGCCACCGCUCGCGUCUCUCUCCCGGAAGCCUUUCUGCUCCACUCCAGGUCGAGGGAGUCAUGGGACCGCGAGUCCAACUGGAUUGGCUACAUAGCCACCACGUCCGACGAAACGUCGAAGGCUCUCAGCCGCCGCGAGGUCUACGUAGUGUGGCGAGGAACCACCAGAGACUACGAGUGGAUUAAUGUCCUUGACGCCAAGCUUGAGCCCCUCGAACCCCUUCUGCGAGUCGACGAAAACAACCAGAAAGAUCAUGGUACUAGUAGUAGCAGUGACAAUGACGAUGAAAACAAGAAGCAGCCCAAAGCGAUGCUCGGUUGGCUCACUCUUUACAUUUCCGACAACCCCAAAUCACCUUUUACGAAAACAAGUGCGAGGGCACAGCUUUUGGGUAAGAUCAAAGAGCUAAAAGAGAGAUACAAGGAUGAAAACUUAAGCAUAGUGUUCACCGGGCACAGUUUGGGGGCUAGUUUAUCGAUUUUAAGUGCUUUUGACGCGGUUGAGAACGGCCUAGUCGACGAUAUUCCCGUUGCAGCCAUUGUAUUCGGUUCACCACAGGUGGGAAACAAGGCUUUUGACGAGAGAAUGAAAAGGUAUCCGAAUCUAACAAUUUUGCACAUAAAGAACACGAUCGAUAUGAUCCCUCACUACCCUAGCUUGUUGUUGGGGUACGUUUACACCGGGACCGACUUGGUGAUCGAUACGAGGAAGUCUCCGAGCUUGAAGGACUCGAAGAACCCCGGUGAUUGGCAUAACUUGCAGGCAAUGUUGCACAUAGUAGCAGGGUGGAAUGGAGAGAAAGGAGAGUUCAAGCUGAGGGUGAAGAGAAGUUUGGCCUUGGUGAACAAGUCUAGUGCGUUUUUGAAAGAUGAGUGCUUGGUGCCCGGUUCAUGGUGGGUGGAGAAGAACAAAGGGCUCGUGAGAAAUGGAGAUGGGGAGUGGGAAAUGACUCCACCGGCCGAUGAAGACUACCCUGCACCUGAAUAAUCUUGGCUACUACUUGCCUACCCUCCUUCAAUUUGGUCUUCUUUUUCUAGCCUUUUGUUUUGUUUUGUAUGUUUGUGUGUUGCUUUUAUGUCUUGGUCCGCUCAUAUGGGAGAUUUGAUGCAAAUAUAGGGGAUAAAGUGCUAUUUCAAGUGUAAAUUUUAUCUGAAUGCUAAAAUAAGCAGCUGCCAAAUAAAUUUCUUUUUAUGA